GAGGAAGCGGAAGCUAAAGGAGGAGUAAAAGAGAAAACAAUGCCGGAGACUUUGUGAGUCAGUUGCUGUGGAAAACAGCAGAAGGACCAAAAAGUGUAGUUGUAAAUGUGUGAGAAUGUGUGACGUGCAGGAGGUCACGUGUCUGAUCCAGCAGCAACAGGCUGCGGCGACUCGAGACAUAUUGGAACUGUUUGAAAGGACGUUAGCGGCGCACGAGGAGCAGCUGCGGCAGUUAAGAGAGGAGAACGAGCGGCAGAGAAAGCAGCUGGACGCUCUUUUACAGCCUCAAGUUCGACUAGAAAGAGCAGUGUUGCCUCAGCAGCUGCUGGUGAGUAAAGAAGAGGUUCCCCCUGAGCAGCAGGAGUGCAGCCCCAGUGUGGAGCAGGAGGAGCCAGAGCCCCCCCACAUUAAAGAGGAACAGGAGGAGCUCAAUAUCACCAAGGAUAUCCCAUUCACUCCUGCCCCUGUGAAGAGUAAAGAUGAUGAAGAGAGAGUUCAGUCCUCACAGCUUCAUCAAAGCCAAACUGAGGAGAACAGAGAGGCAGAGCCUCCGGCCAGCAGCUCCAUUGAAACAGAAGCUGAUGAAGAGGAUUUACAAGCAAGUAGUGAUGGCCAGCUGCUCUCUUCACACUCCUCUAAAUCUGAGACUGAAGACAUGGAAGAUGACUUAGAGGAGACUGGAGAGCCUCAGUCAGGUUUAGCCUCAGUGAGUGAAGUCCUUUUCAGCCAUGACAGAUCUGAGGCUGGAGAGAAGCCAUCUUCCUGCUCCAUGAAUAGAGAGAAACCAUUCAGCUGCUCAGUCUGUGCUAAGAGAUUUAGACAUAAAACUCACUUAAACAGACACAUGAAAGUCCACAAAAAAGAGAAACCUUUCAGCUGCCCAUUCUGCGCUAAGAGAUUUACAUGGAAAAGUGAAUUAAGCACACAUAUGAGAGUCCACACAGGAGAGAAACCAUUCAGCUGCUCAAUUUGUGGUAACAGUUUUACACUGAAAUCUGUCUUAAAUAAACACAUGAGUAUCCACACAGGAGAGAAACCUUUCAGCUGCUCAAUUUGCGGUAUCAGUUUCAGACAGAAAUAUAACUUAAGUGCACACAUGAGUAUACACACAGGAGAGAAACCUUUCAGCUGCUCAGUUUGUGGUAAAAGUUUUAGAAAGAAAUGUUCCUUAAAUAUACACAUGAGUGUCCACUCAAGAGAGAAAACUUAGCUGCUCAAUUUGUGGUAAACAUGUUUCAGAUAAAGGUCACAAAAAAGUGCAUAUGAUUAUCCACUCAGGAGAGAAACCUUUUAGCUGCUCAAUUUGUAAACAAUUUACACAGAAGUGUAGCUUAAUCACACACAAGAGUCCACACAGGAGAGGAAUCUUUUAGCUGCUCAAAUUGUGGUAAAUGUUUCACUCAAAAAAAUAACUUAAAGAAACACAUGAGAGUCCACACAGGAGAGAAACCCUUUAGCUGUUCAGUCUGUAA